AUAUUUACUCCACACUCUCUUCUUUGUACAAAACUAAAACUAGUCAGUUCCAUUCUUUCCACAAACCAAGUUUCACAUCAUGUUUCAUUCUUCUCUUUUCUAUAACUUCUUAAAUCUCAACAAUUAACACACUCACUCUCUCUCUCAAACUUUCUCUCUCUAAAAUCUAAAUCAUGCCUAUUAUGACUGGACAAAUGAAAUGGAGAAGACCCAUAAACAAAUUAAGACAUCCCAUUUCAAAUACUGAACACCAAAGUUCACAGCUUUACACCAUAGUCCAGACCACUAACUGCAAAUCCACAAUCUCCAGUCUCUUUUCAUCUUUCUCCAACAACAACACACCCAAUGAAACCAAACAUAACAUUAAACAAAACAAAACAAAAAACAACAAUGGCAAUACCAAUUAUUUCAGAGGACUUGGCUGCACCACCGGUACAUCGCAUCAGGUGUCAGUACCGGCGGUAAUUAGCUCCUCUGAAGAUUGGCAAGGGAAGAAGAACAGAAAAAAGAAACACAGAAGGAACAGUAACAGUAAAAUCAACAAAACAUGUCAUGGUGUUGUUGAUGAUGUUCCUUUUCAAAGUUCUUCUUCUUUUGGUGCUACUACCUGUGUUGAUUUUCAAGAUGUUUGGUGUGGACCUGGAAUUGGGUUUUCAUCUGAUGCUUCUUCUGUAUCUGUGGAUUGUGUUGUGGCAAGAAAGAAUCUGUCUUCAAGAGGAAAACUUGAUGGGGAAAGGAUAACACAUAGGGAGCGUUCGUCUUAUUUUGGAAGACGCAGUGUUAAUCCGGAAAAUUUAUCUUUUUUGGAUGAUGAUGAUUCUGAUGUUUUCUUAGCACAACAUGGAUUAGAGUCUUUUGGUAAUGGUAGAUUUUUUCGACAUGCUUCGCAUAAUUCCUCCGAUGGUCUUGCUGAGAUAAUGAUAAUUCAAGGAAGACUAAUGGGGGGACGAUUUAAUUCACGCGACCAAUUUAGAGACUGGAGACUUGAUGUUGAUAAUAUGUCGUAUGAGCAAUUGCUUGAGCUUGGUGAGAGAAUUGGUUAUGUGAAAACUGGACUUAAAGAAGAUGAGAUGAGGCACAACAUAAGGAAAAUCAAGCUUUUGAUUUCAAAUGAUACAUCAAAGCAACAAAUAGACAAAAAGUGUAGCAUUUGUCAGGAGGAGUAUGAAUUAGAUGAUGAAUUGGGAAGGUUAAAUUGUGAACACAGCUAUCACUUUCAUUGUAUAAAACAAUGGCUUGUGCUUAAAAACUUCUGUCCAGUUUGUAAGCAAGAAGUCGCGGUUCGACAUUGAUUCGAGUGGCGAAACCCUAAUGAUUUUAUUUUUCUUUCUAAAUUGGUGUAUAGUUUUUCAUUUGCAAUCUUUAUUUGUUACAUCUUUUAUUAAAUCUUUUGGCUUCCUUAGGGAGAUUUGAAAACAUAUAUAUGCUUUUGUAUAUUAUAUACUCAAAAGUGGUUCUUGCUUGUGAACAAAUUAUCCUCUUUUUGUUUCUCCUUUUUACUUUACUCAUGAAAUUGGUGUUUGAAUGCUCUUCA